CGCCCCGCGCCCGCCGCUCGCCGCGGUGCUAGCACUGACGUGUCUCUCGGCCGAGGUGCUGCGCUCCGGAGCGGGCUGGGCCGCGGGCAGCGUCACCCCACUCGGAGUGCAGCGGAGCAGCGGCGGGACCCGGGGCCCGAGCAGCCGCCGCCAUGGCGAUCAAGUUUCUGGAAGUCAUCAAGCCCUUCUGUGUCAUCCUGCCGGAAAUUCAGAAGCCGGAGAGGAAGAUCCAGUUUAAGGAGAAGGUGCUGUGGACCGCCAUCACCCUCUUCAUCUUCUUAGUGUGCUGCCAGAUCCCGCUGUUCGGGAUCAUGUCUUCGGAUUCGGCUGACCCCUUCUACUGGAUGAGAGUGAUCCUGGCCUCUAACAGAGGGACGUUGAUGGAGCUGGGGAUCUCUCCCAUUGUCACCUCCGGCCUCAUCAUGCAGCUGCUGGCUGGCGCCAAAAUAAUCGAAGUUGGUGACACCCCGAAAGACCGAGCCCUCUUCAAUGGAGCCCAGAAGUUAUUCGGCAUGAUCAUCACCAUCGGCCAGUCCAUCGUGUAUGUGAUGACGGGAAUGUACGGAGACCCUUCCGAGAUGGGUGCUGGGAUCUGCCUGUUAAUCACCAUCCAGCUCUUCGUCGCUGGCUUAAUUGUCUUACUCUUGGAUGAACUUCUGCAAAAAGGGUACGGCCUGGGCUCUGGGAUUUCCCUCUUCAUCGCCACUAACAUCUGCGAGACGAUCGUGUGGAAGGCAUUCAGCCCCACAACCGUCAACACCGGUCGAGGAAUGGAGUUCGAAGGCGCCAUCAUCGCGCUCUUCCACCUGCUGGCCACCCGCACCGACAAGGUCCGAGCCCUCCGCGAGGCCUUCUACCGCCAGAACCUCCCCAACCUCAUGAACCUGAUCGCCACCAUCUUUGUCUUCGCGGUGGUGAUCUACUUCCAGGGCUUCCGCGUGGACCUGCCCAUCAAGUCGGCCCGCUACCGAGGCCAGUACAACACGUACCCGAUCAAGCUCUUCUACACGUCCAACAUCCCCAUCAUCCUGCAGUCGGCGCUGGUGUCCAACCUGUACGUCAUCUCGCAGAUGCUGUCGGCCCGCUUCAGCGGCAACCUGCUCGUCAGCCUGCUGGGCACCUGGUCUGACACGUCUUCCGGGGGUCCCGCCCGCGCUUACCCAGUUGGUGGCCUGUGCUAUUACCUGUCCCCUCCGGAGUCGUUCGGCUCCGUGCUGGAAGACCCCGUCCACGCCGUGGUGUACAUCGUGUUCAUGCUCGGCUCGUGUGCGUUCUUCUCCAAAACGUGGAUUGAGGUCUCGGGCUCCUCUGCCAAAGACGUGGCGAAGCAGCUGAAGGAGCAGCAGAUGGUGAUGAGGGGCCACCGGGAGACCUCCAUGGUCCACGAGCUCAACCGGUACAUCCCCACCGCCGCGGCCUUCGGCGGCCUGUGCAUCGGGGCCCUCUCCGUCCUGGCCGACUUCCUGGGCGCCAUCGGGUCUGGAACCGGCAUCCUGCUCGCCGUCACCAUCAUCUACCAGUACUUCGAAAUCUUCGUGAAGGAGCAGAGCGAGGUCGGCAGCAUGGGUGCCCUCCUGUUCUGAGCCCCGCCCCCCGGCCAGGGACAGCGAAGGGGCCGCGAGGCCUCACCGCGGGGCGCCCGCAGCGGGCGCGCCGCCGCGGCGCCGGGACUUCGGUCUGAUCGUGGUUUCCAGUUUCCUCUUCUUUUCAUUCCACUGUGUAAAGUGCUAGGAUUUUUCCCGUUUGAAGUUUUGCUUUUUACUCUGGCGGCGGCGGGAGGAGCGGUAGAGCCGAGGUUUUACUGAGCCGCCCGCCUGCCGGGGUGGGGGUGGCAAGUGCCCGUCCCCGAGCGUCCACGUAGCUUUUGUUUUCGCCUGCGCACCUGCUCAGUGCCAGCGGCGGCUGCAGUGUCCCAGCCGUGUCCCCGCCGCGGGGACGUCCUGUUGGUGAGAAGCACAAGCCCUGCGGCGGCGUCUGCGUGGAGGCCGCAGGGCGCGAGGCUGAGAGCGACUCGCGCCUUCCGGCGGGCUCGCCAGCGAGUCCCUCUCACAAUCAGGGGUAGGACUGUCUGGCUCAAGACUGUUUUUCUGGAAGACACAGUCGUUUUCCCUUUUUAUAAGCAGUUUUUUUAGGACCAAGCUUCUUCCAAAGGAAAGGGACGGGUUUUCCAGAAGACGCCCCGCGUUAAUUUCUCUGCACGUGCCUGUGGGCUGCUGGCGUUGACGGCUCCGGCCGGGCUUUGGGGCUGAGGGCGCGGAGCCGGCCUGGCGCCCCCGUGCCCGUCUGUCUGUAGUCGGUUCGUGUCCUCCGAGCGAGCGGGGCCGUCGUGCCGACCGGGCCAGGCGGACGUUGCGCAGACGACCCUUGAGGCGACGUGUGUCUGUCCGGUCCUUCCGGUUGUCGCUGCCGGGCGGGCCCCGCGGCCGAGGGAGCCGCACGCGGACGUGGGGAGGCGGCAGCUGGGCGCUGGCACUGCCGCCUGCCGGGCUGAGAACUUGCUGCCGUGUGUUGUGGCGCUUUUUUAUCGUGCUCGGGACCAAAUGCAUGUAGAGUAAGUGACCGGAUGCCACCCGUCGCCCGUCACCUCCCAUCGGGAGCGCCCGGCGGAGAGGGGGGCUCGGGCCCCAGAUCCGUGAUGAAAUCAGGGUCAGAGAGCUGGGGGGGUUUUAGUGUUUGGGAUUUUUUUCUUUUAGUAAGUUGCUCCAGUGUUCGAUACAGAAAGACUCACGCUUAGGUCUGAAGUGAAGUUCUGUGGGCAGGAACAGAGGACCUAGAUUUUAGGGUUCGAGAGGCGUCCGGGAAGGCUCCUCAGGGGACAGGCCGCGCUUCGCAGCAGGGACAGCGGAGGCCGGUGCCCCCAGCCGGACGGUUCUCGCCGCAAGGCACCCAGUCCUAGAAGGCGAGUGUCUGGGGCCCUGCGGACAGAGCCGCCGCGCCACAGCAGGCACACGGCGGCCUUCGACGCCCGGAGCCACGGCCGCGGUCACGGCUCGGCCACUCGGGUGGUGGGGCGGUCCGCGUCGGAGCUCCUCGGGGACCUCGCUGGCAGCGCCAACCAGGACACGGACCGACCGAGGAACAACACGCGGCUCGCCCACAGCCGCCCAGCAAGCCCGCAGGGCUGUGGCCCCCUCCCCGUGCAGGGCGGACCACCGCAUCACACGUGGCCUUGUCAGACCCAGUCCUGAGCAGAGACUCGACCCCCCCCCCCACGGCACGCGGUCUGUGUGACCCCACCCGGGGCAGCGCCGUGGGCGCCAGCCUCGUGGGGGGCCCCGCACGGCUCGUGCUCCGUGGUCCGUGAUCACAGUGGGUGGGGGCCGACCCCAGCCUCCAGGGGACUGUCACUGUGGACGCCACAAUGGCAUAACUGAGUUAAGGUGAAUAAGUGACAAAUAAAGCCAACUUUUUACAA